GAUUGUAGCAGAAAAAGCAGCAGAAAGGAGCUGUGGGAGGAGGAGGACGCCUCAUACAAAUACAGAAGCUCUCAGGACUACGACACACACAGAAACGGGAUCAUAUCUACUGCGGGUUUUUGGGAGAUUUGUGCAGACGCGGUGCGGACUGUUAUUACGCACGACAACGUUUCCCUGCGGUAAAAUCCGCCAGAGUUUUGGACAGGAGGCGCACGGCUUGCCUGCUCUUCCUCGUCAGAAAAAGAGGUUUUAUAGCGGGGAGGUUUACGGAGCAGCAGACUGAAGGCACAGUGGAGGAGUUGGGAUGUCCUGAGUCAGUCCUCCGGGCCCAGAGAGCGCUGUACUGAUGGGACCUGCUACACCACCAUGAGCUUACAAGAUGGCGGCUGCAGCUAUGCUAGCAGCGGCAACAUGGCCAGCGUUACUGGCAGCAUGCGGCGGCGCCUGGAGGACCAGGAGUUCAGCCUGCGCGUCUACCCGGGCGCCCUGGCUGAGGGCACCAUCUACUGCCCCGUCUGUGCCCGCAAGAACACCACCGCUGCUGAAGCCAUCGACUGCCUCAUCGAACGACUGCGCCUGGAUCGUACCAAAUGCUACGUGCUGGCUGAGGUGAAGGAGUUUGGUGGGGAGGAGUGGAUCCUGAACCCCUCCGACUGCCCCGUUCAGCGGAUGAUGCUGUGGCCCCGCAGCGCCCUGGAGAACCGCAGUGGCCUGUGCAGUGGCGACGACUACCGGUUCCUCCUGCGGGAGAAGAACCUGGAUGGAUCUAUUCAUUAUGGCGGCAGCCUGCAGAUGUGGCUGCGGUUGACUGAGGAGCGUCGUCGCCUGGUGGAGCGGGGUUUCCUCCCCCAGCCUGCAGGGAGCGACCCUCCGUCCGACCUCUGUGCUCUCCCGGAGCUAACAGAGCGCACUAUUUUGGAGAGCCUCCGAGCACGUUUCCGCCAGGAGAAGAUCUACACUUACAUUGGGAGUAUUCUUAUCGUGAUUAACCCUUUUCAGUUCCUGCCAAUCUAUAACCCUAAAUAUGUCAAAUUGUACGAUAACCACACACUGGGGAAGCUGGAGCCUCACAUCUAUGCUGUUGCGGACGUGGCGUAUCACGCCAUGCUGCAACGACGGAAGAACCAGUGCAUAGUCAUUUCUGGUGAGAGUGGGUCAGGGAAGACCCAGAGCACCAACUUCCUCAUCCAUCACCUGACUGCUCUCAGCCAGAAGGGAUUCGCCAGUGGGGUGGAGCAGAUCAUCCUGGGAGCCGGGCCUGUGUUGGAGGCUUUUGGAAACGCUAAGACCGCCCACAACAACAACUCCAGCCGCUUCGGAAAGUUCAUCCAGGUCAACUACCAGGAGAGUGGCACUGUCAGAGGAGCCUAUGUGGAGAAAUACCUGCUGGAGAAAUCCCGUCUGGUGUACCAGGAGCAUAAUGAGAGGAACUACCAUGUUUUCUACUACCUGUUGGCCGGAGCCAGUGAGGAGGAGAGGAAGUCCUUCCACCUGCUCAAACCUGAGGAAUACCACUACCUCAACCAGAUGACAAAGAAAUCGCACAAACUCCACUGGGACAAUUACUAUGAGAGCGAUCUGCAGGACUGCUUCACAGUGGAAGGAGAGGAUCUGAAGCACGACUUUGAGCGUCUGCAGCUCGCCAUGGAGAUGGUCGGCUUCCUACCCACCACACGCAAACAGAUCUUCUCCCUGCUGUCCGCAAUCCUCCACCUGGGAAACAUCCGCUACAAGAAGAAGACCUACAGAGACGAUUCCAUCGACAUCUGCAACCCAGAGGGCCUGCCCAUCGUCUCCGAGCUGCUCGAGGUCAAAGAGGAGAUGCUGCUGGAAGCUCUGACCACCAGGAAGACGGUGACAGUCGGAGAGAGGCUCAUCGUUCCCUACAAACUCGCUGAGGCGGGCACAGUGAGAGACUCCAUGGCCAAGUCACUCUACAGCGCUCUGUUUGACUGGAUCGUGUUCAGGACCAACCAUGCUCUGCUAAACAACAAGGACCUAGAGGACAACUCAAAGACCCUGUCGAUAGGAGUCCUGGACAUCUUCGGUUUUGAGGAUUAUGAGAACAACAGCUUUGAACAAUUCUGCAUCAACUUCGCCAACGAACGACUGCAGCACUACUUCAACCAACACAUCUUCAAGUUGGAGCAGGAGGAGUACCGUGCAGAGGGCAUCACCUGGCAUCACAUCGAGUACAUCGACAACAGCGGCUGCCUCAACCUCAUCAGCAAGAAACCCACAGCGCUGUUCCACCUGCUGGACGAGGAGUGCAAUUUCCCCCAGGCCUCCAAUCAGACCUUGCUGGACAAGUUCAAGCGUCAGCAUGAGGGAAACAGCUACAUCGAGUUCCCCGCUGUCAUGGAGUCGGCCUUCAUCAUCAGACACUACGCCGGGAAGGUCAAGUACGGAGUCAAGGACUUCAGGGAGAAGAACACUGACCACAUGCGCCCCGACAUCGUGGCUUUGCUCAAGAGCAGCAAGAACGCCUUCAUCUGCAGCCUGAUGGGAAUCGACCCGGUGGCGACCUUCCGCUGGGCCGUGCUGCGGGCGUACUUCAGAGCCAUGGUGGCUUUCAGGGAGGCCGGCCGCAGACACACACACAAGAAAACUGGGAAUGAUGCAGCAGUUCCCUGCGCUGUUGUGAAAACCGUCGACAGCUUCAGUUUCCUUCAUCACCCGGUUCACCAGAGGAGCCUGGAGAUCCUGCAAAGAUGCAAAGAAGAGAAAUACAGUAUCAACAGGAUGAAUCCCCGCACUCCUCUGUCAGACCUUCAGGGCACCAACGCUCUGAAUGAGAAGGCCAGCUGGGACAGCUUUGGUGGCGGCUGUAACGGUCGCAGCUCCAGGGCUGGCCGUGUGUCCUCGACAGGAAGUCCCGCCCUGGAAGAAGAAGGCAUCUUCAUCAACUCGACCAGCAGCAAACUCCUGGAGAGAGCUCAGGGCAUCCUACUGAGGAACAAAAACAUCAAAAGCAAGCCGAGCCUUCCCAAGCACUUGUUGGACAUUAAGUCUCUGCGGUACCUGAGCAGCGUGACGCUCCACGACCGCAUCACCAAGUCUCUGCUUCACCUGCACAAGAAGAAGAAGCCGCCCAGCAUCAGCGCUCAGUUUCAGGCGUCCCUCAAUAAGCUGAUGGAGACUCUCGACCAAUCCGAGCCGUACUUUGUGAAGUGUAUUCGCUCCAACGCUGAGAAGCUGCCGUUGCGUUUCAAUGACAGCCUGGUGCUCAGACAGCUCAGAUACACGGGGAUGCUGGAGACCGUGCGGAUCCGACAGUCAGGAUACAGCAUCAAGUACACUUUCCAGGACUUUGUGCGUCACUUUCACGUGCUGCUGCCCCGAGGCACGAGCCCCACCAAGUCAGGCAUCAGGGAGUUCUUCCGACGGAUCCACCUGCCGCCUGCUGGGUAUCAAGUGGGCAACACCAUGGUGUUCCUGCGGGAGGCGGAACGGCAGCGUCUUCAGACCCUCCUCCACCAGGAAGUGCUGCGGAGAAUCGUCACCCUGCAGCGCCGCUUCAGGGCCGUCCUGGAGAGGAAGCACUUUGUGGAAAUGAGGAGAGCCGCCUUCGUCAUCCAGCGAUGGUGGCGAUGCUGCCUCCUCAAACAGUCCAUCAUGGACCGGGACGCGGAGGAGGAGGAGGAAGAGGAGGCGGCGGUGUGUCUGCAGGCGGCCUGGAGGAGCUACAGGCAGCGCCGGAGGUUCCUGCAGUGGCGCGACUCUGCUGUCGUCAUCCAGAGGAGCUGGAGGAACUGCCGGCAUCGCAGGUCUCUGGCAGCUAUAAGGAUCCAAACCGCCUGGAGAGGAUUCAAGGAGAGGAGCCGCUACUGUCAGACGUUCAGGACGGUGACGCUGCUGCAGGCGAGAGGCCGGGGACACCUGGCGAGACUCAGGUUCAGGGAAGUGAAGGAGCAGCAUGAAAGACAACAGAGUCCAGCAGCAGCAGCAGAGAUGGAUGCAGGAACCAUGGAGGACCUCACCUCCUCAGGACAGGAGGUUUACGAUCAGGAUAUUUCAGUAGAACUGUCCGAAGACUCGCAGCCUGCUGUGCUCGACUUGGGGGAGGGGGAGAGAGAGGAGGACUCGGAGCGGAGCAGGAGCAUGGACGAGACAAGCGAUAAGAUCAGGUCAAAGCGACAGAGCCGACGAAUGAGAGAGCUGGAGCAGGCACAGUUCAGCUUAGAGCUCCUGAAGGUCCGGACCACCAGUGUGCAGGAAGAGUCCGUCCCUGAAACCAGCACCUGUCCUCUGGAAGACCCUCACAGACUUUCCCCCCGGGGGUCUCCAGCUAGUCACGGGAGUUUUGAGCUCCUCAGUGUGGAAGACAUGGAGACCGAAGGCUCUGGAGGUGUUCUCUCCGAGCCAGCUGCACAUUCCCAAGCACUGGAUAUGCAAGCACACGAGAGAGAUGCUAACUUUAAUGAAAAGCCUGCGAUGGAGCAGCAAAUCAAAGCAGAGGGUGGGAGGGCAACGUUUUAUAUCGCUUCUGACCAAAGUCCAGUUCAUUUACCAACAUUCGAAAGCCCCAGCAAAUCCGGGAGAAGGGAGUCCACGUCUCGGAGGCCUGUGGUGGUGUUGAUAAGUAUGCAGAAGGAGAGUCCAUUGGAGGAGGGGGAGCUGCUGGCAGCCGAAACCCUAGAAGGAGCUUCUGAAGCAGCAUCCAGUCCCCAAACGACCCCCGCUACCGGCCCAGAGGUUGUAGAGAUGGAGCAACCUCCUGGAAUUGCUACCCAGCCUGAGAGUGAUGUCUGUGAGGUGGACAAACCUCCCGAGGUCCCGUCUUUGAGUCCAGAAUCCGGGAUCUUCUCCUCAGAAGUGGACAUCCAGAUUGUCCUGCAGCCACGGUCCAGCAUUCCCGCCGUCGUGCCACGGCAACCGGAGAGGAAGACCAGCCGCCCGGCGCAGGACGCCCCGAGCCCGGUGCUGGACACCAAACCCCCAAAAGCCCAGAAGAAGAGCUCUGCCCAAACUGUGAUCGUGAACAUGGUGGAGAAACCCUCCAACAGCGUGUUCUCCCCUCCCAGGCGCAAGCUGCCGUUCUCCAAGUCAGACAAGGAUUUGGUGAACCAGGAAAGAUCUCUCGCCAUGUUCAGAGACGACUCUAAAUCUGGAUCCAGAAAGGAAAGAGAGGUGGGUCGCCCGGGCCCCAAAAAGAAAGCGCGCAUGUCCCGGACGCGCUCCGACUUCCUCACCCGCUGUAACUCUGAGGGGGCGACGCAGUCCGAUGACGACGACGAAUACUACAUCCCCGCCCACUCCCACACGCUGCCCCCUUCCCUGUCUCCCCCGCACGCCCUCCCCGAGGCCGACUGUCACAGUGACACCGACAUGUCGUCCCACAAAGACCAGAAGAAGAUCCAUAAGACCAUGUCUUCAGGAGACCUGGGCAAGGUGGAAGUCCUCAGGAAAACCUCCAGUCAGGAUGGAAGCAGGAUGAAAGGAAGGAUGCGAUUCUGGAGUAAGACGAAACACAGCGAGAAAAAACUGUCCAGAGAUGCAAGCAGGAGCGAAUCUGCAGAAACACAAGAAGGCCCUUUUUCUCCUCCUCAUAGUCCAGAUUUGGAGGCCUCCUCCUCUCGGGGGGUCCGGGACAGUAAGGAGAACAAGGAGCCGUCUCCUAAGAUGAGGAGGCGUCGCAGUGUGAAGAUCAGCAGCAUCGCUCUGGAGCCGGCGCAGUGGCAGAACGAUGCCCUGCACAUCCUCAGCUCGGCUCACGACUACCGCACCAUGAACGACUUCCUCAUGAAGAAGAUCGCCGACCUGGAGUCAGAGGAUGGUAAGAAGGACACCAUGGUGGACGUCGUCUUCAAGAAAGCUCUGAGGGAGUUCAGGAUCAACAUCUUCAACUCGUACUCCACCGCCCUGGCAAUGGACGAUGGGAAGAGUAUCCGUUACAAGGAUCUGUACGCCCUGUUCGAGCACAUCCUGGAGAAGACCAUGCGCCUGGAGCAGAGGGACUGGUGCGAGUCGCCCGUGAAAGUGUGGGUCAACACCUUCAAGGUGUUCCUGGACGAGUUUAUGACCGAGUACAAGCCCAUGGAGGGAACCAUCGGCAGGGCUCCUAAACGAGAACGCAAGAAGUCAAGAAAGAAGGAAACAGACAUUGUGGAAGAACACAACGGCCACAUCUUUAAAUCCACUCAGUACAGCAUCCCCACGUACUGCGAGUACUGCUCCUCCCUCAUCUGGAUGAUGGACCGGGCCUGCGUCUGUAAACUGUGUCGCUACGCCUGCCACAGGAAGUGCUGCUCCAAGAUGACCACCAAGUGCAGUAAAAAGUACGAUCCGGAGCUGUCGUCCAGGCAGUACGGUGUGGAGUUGUCCCGUCUGACCAGCGAGGAGCGAGCGGUGCCGCAGCUGGUGGAGAAACUCAUCAACUACAUUGAGAUGCACGGCCUCUACACCGAGGGCAUCUACAGGAAGUCAGGCUCCACCAAUAAGAUCAAAGAGCUGCGCCAGGGGCUCGACACAGAUGUGAACGUUGUGAACUUGGAUGACUACAACAUCCACGUCAUCGCCAGUGUUCUCAAACAGUGGCUGCGUGACCUGCCCAGCCCUCUCAUGACCUUUGAACUGUACGAGGAGUUCCUCAGGGCCAUGGGUCAGUCAGAUAAGCGGGAGGUGAUCCGAGGAGUGUAUUCUGUGAUUGAUCAGCUCAGCAGGACUCACCUCAGCACACUGGAGCGCCUCAUCUUCCAUCUGGUCAGGAUCGCCCUGCAGGAGGACACUAACAGGAUGUCGGCUAACGCCCUCGCCAUCGUGUUCGCUCCCUGCAUCCUCCGCUGCCCCGACACCAUCGACCCGCUGCAGAGUGUCCAAGACAUCAGCAAGACCACAGCGUGUGUGGAGCUGAUCAUCAAUGAGCAAAUGAGCAAGUACAAAGCUCGUCUGAAGGACAUCAGCAGUCUGGAGUUUGCAGAAAGCAAAGCCAAGAGCAGGCUGACCCACAUCAGGAGGUCCAUGAAACCCAUACUAAUUGCUGUUAGGUUUAUGAGCAUAGCCCGCACUGCCACCCCGCCUAACACAGCUAAACUCAAGUGCAAAGGCCGCGUUCGGCCAAGCAGCACCAACACGCUAUCGCCGCCUCUCAGCCCUAAAGUGCCUCCAAUGGUGGUGGAUGGAGACAGUGCAGGAAGUGAAGGAGGUGGAGGAAGUGGAGAAGGUGAAGGAGGUGGAGGAGAAGAAGGAGGAGGAGGAGGAGGAGGAGCAGAGGAAGCAGCAGAGCCCGGUUUGACUGAUCAACAGCAGAUGGCGAUGCAGCAGGAGGAGAGGAUCCUCACCGAGCAGAUCGAGAGCCUGCAGAAAGAAAAGGAGGAGCUGACGUAUGAGAUGUUGAUCCUGGAGCCGCGGACGUCUGACGAUGAGACUCCUGAAUCUGAAGCCUCCAUCGGCACAGCAGACAGCUCUGAGAACAUCACCAUGGAGACAGAAGGAGCCACAUCAGACCCCUCUGCUUUUCAUGGCAGAAAAUCAGAGUCAAAAAGCCGACGAGCUUUACGCCGUCAGCCCGACUCACAGGACUCUGCAGACUCCAUCUCCACCAUCUCCUCCUACCACCCAUCCUCCUCUCUGUCCUCAAACGCCUCCGGCUCUCCCUCCCCUCACUACCGGUUCCGCUCCUCCUCCUCCGGCCCCCUGCUCUCCUCCUGUGGUCUGGGGGCCCCGUUGGCAGAAGCAGAGGGUGGCCAAGGAGCCGGGAAGAGCCGCCACAGGCUCAGGCUGAGUCGCAGCUCGCCUCGCGAACCCUCGGGGAGCCACCGGAGGGACUCGGACUUCGGCUCGGGGCCACAACAGCUGGUACUGUACGGCAGCAAUGAGUUCAUGGUGUGAAGGCGAGGAGGGGAAGGAGCCGCCGGGUUCACAAGAGUAGGAUAUGAGGAAGAUGAAGGAGAGGCCGGGGUUUAACGAGGCAAGAUAUGUGCUUAGUAUCGCCUCCUAAUGCCUCUUUUCUUCUUUAGAGUCAGAGCAGUGAGAUGUGGGAAUAAAAAAGGACUGGGAAAAUGUAAAAGAGGGACAAAAAGAAAGCGGAUUCUGGAACCGAGUGAAGGCAUGUGUCUCAGUGCCGAAGCACCAGGGGUCGGUCCAAGGAUUGAGACGAUUGAGGAAAAACCCACACCUGCAAAAGCCAAAUCUUACAGGGCCCCAUCUUUAUUUUUUAGCAUGUGGGCAGGUGGAUAAAGCCACCCAGAAGAGAUGUAGCCAUACUGACUGAACUGGCGGACGCUUUGUCUGUAACCUGCGCCGAGUAAGUCUGCUUUUCACGUUUACACAGAACACACCAGCCCCGAGGCUGCAUGCAUCUCCAUCAUCACCUUUCCCUUACGGCAGUUUGAAGAGACUGUACAGAAAUAUGUUACAUUAUUAUUAUUAUUAUUACAGAGGAUACAAAUGUACAUAGAAAGAAACUCCAGUGCUGCCCCUGGUUUGUUCAUAGUUUAAUAUUUCUACUUCCUGUUUUUCAGUUUGACAAUGUGAAGUGUCAGGAAUUCAGGUUCCACUUUUGUUUUCUGUGCUGGGUGUUUUGCUCGGUUUACCGUCAUUUGAGUGCUUUCCUUUCUCUUUUCCUGUUACACAAUGAACAGAGCCAGCGCUAGGUGUACUCGGGUCGUACUGUCGAGAAAUAAUAAUAGAAAGUAAAGCUGUGGGUGUGCGCUCACGGGCUACGAGUCUGGUGGUGUCACGUUUACUUUAACUGAGGUGUCAAAUGUCAAUCAGCCAUAAGUGUAUUGUCUCUGCAAGCUUUUUUUUCCCCUUUUGUUUUACUCAGAACCAUCAGUGUUACUACGUCAGGACUUGAAUUUCUUUUGUAUACAUCUAUAUAAAUAUAUAUAUUAUUGCUGUAUUAUAGGUGUUGUUAUUGAUGUCGAAGAUGUCAUUUUUUGUUGUCAAUACUGUUUAUUUUUGUUCAGAUGAAAGCCAUUUUUUCUUUCCUUUCUGUAUGUGUGUGUGUGUGUGUGUGUGUGUGUGUGUGUGUGUGUGUGUGUGUGUGUGUGUGUGUGUGUGUGUGUGUGUGUGUGUGUGUGUGUGUGUGUGGGUAUGAACGAAUGAGUCAUUCCUUCCUCUGUAUCAGCUCCCACUUUGUGUAGUCUUCAUUAAACAUACACUAGUGUUUCCCCCUGAACAUGUUUACUUGCAAAGGUGAAAAUGACUUUAGGUGACACUAACUCAGACUUAUCUAAUCCUUAAAAAGUCUAACACUCAUUGCACGCUUUCAUACCGUCCACAAUGUCCUCCGAGCCACCCAGAAUACUCUUCUUCUCUUUCUUCUCCUUCUCCUCCUUCUCCUUCUCCUUCUCCUUCUCUUCCUUCUCCUUCUCCUUUUCCUUCUCCUUCUUCUUCUUCUUCUUCUUCUUCUUCUUCUUCUUCUUCUUCUUCUUCUUCUUCUUCUUCUUCUUCUUCUUCUUCUUCUUCUUCUUCUUCUUCUUUUUCUUCCAUCCUGUUCUCUCGCCGCUCUGGCUGUGAAAAGUAGCAUUAUUUACUCUGCCUGUUAACCAGACAAAAACAAGUAGCAUCUAACUCAGACGUCCACAUGUUUCUGCAUAUUCUAACAGUAAAAUAUUCCUUUUGUUACGGGGGCAUACUCAGUAGCUUAACAGCAAAGAUGUCUCCGUACUUUAGCUGCAAUAUCUCUCCUUGCUUGCAGCGUCUGUGAUACGAUGCUUUUGAGCAGCUUCUGCCCGGAUCUCACAACACAAUCAGUGUUAAACGACUUUCCCUUGAAGCUGGACGUCUCUUUGAAGACCGUGCUGAUCUCCGUUUUAAUGCAAGUGUGUUGUCUUUUUACAACAUAAAACUGUAGACCUGUAAAGAUAGAAAAAAAAAACUGUUUCAGAGGUGAGCUGAAAGGACACUUCCUGGUCGAAUAUCUUUGAGUUGAUAUUUAAUGGGAUACAUGUCCAGGCUGUCAAUAAGGCAACAAAACAAAAAAAAAGUGAAUGUACCUGUCACUGGAAAGCAUGCUCUGCUUUCUCUGGUUGUUUUUGUUCCUCUUUUAUACACAGUGUAUGUACUAUUUAUGAUCAUGCUUUUGGGGUGUACAUUGGUUUAAAAGAAUCUGUUAUAAAAGGUGUUAUAAAAGGAUAUAUUAUCCUGUGUACGGUUCAUUAUCUACUAUUAAUCAUGGCAACAUUUUAACAGGCCACACUAGGUCUGUCAUGUUUGUGCUACGAAGUGAGAAAAAAAAAGCGCUGUGUCUCUCAGUCUGCGCCACUCUGGACACAGUAUGUAUAAGGUGCAAUUUGUGUUAUAUUUCUUUCUUUUUUAAAUGAUACAAACAUGUUUAUGGUUGUAAAAAAACAAGACUUUAUGGGGGAAAUUCAUCUGCUUAUUAAAAAAGCAAAACUGCAGCCAAA